ACUGUGUUUGGGAAUUAGAUCUCAGCACAGAGAAGAAGGGUCUCCUCUAACCAAACAAAUCCCCAGAAGAGAGCCGGCCUGCGCUGUGCCGAAGGCAUCUGGUCAACUUUACUGCAGUCUUGUACCAUCUGAUUCCAGCCGUCAUGUCUACGUCCCCGCGUGUCAGCUUUUGGAAAGAAGCUUCUCAGCAGGUCUUGGCUGGAGGAUCAGCAGAUAUCAUUAUCGCCUCCGAAAUACGUCUCACAGAAGCCUACAAGACAAGACGAGGGCAGGCAGUCCUACAAGAGAAUCACAAGCCAUUCAUUUCAAAGGCUUGGUGGAAAUUUGUCUGAUGCACCCGCUGGAUGUGGUAAAAACACGAUUUCAGAUCCAAAGAAAUACAUACGAUCCGUCCAAUUAUAAGAGUUUGGGUGACUGCUUCAAGAGGAUCUAUCGCAGUGAAGGGUUGCUGGGCUUCUACAAAGGAAUACUCCCCCCUAUCUUGGCCGAGACCCCAAAACGAGCCGUUAAGUUCUUCACCUUUGAACAAUACAAAAAGCUGCUUACUCUAUUGUCUUUGCCUCCUGCAUGGGUGUUUGCAAUUGCUGGAUUCGGUUCUGGACUGACGGAAGCAGUGGUAGUAAAUCCUUUUGAAGUUGUAAAAGUCAGUCUACAAGCUAACCGCGAUACAUAUGCCCUGCAACCAUCCACCCUUACACAGGCUCGUAAUAUCAUCCAAACAGAGGGUAUAGGACUGAGAGGUCUCAACAAAGGACUGACUGCCACUUUGGGACGCCAUGGAGUCUUCAAUAUGGUCUAUUUUGGAUUCUAUUUCAAUGUGAAGAAUGCUAUCCCUGUUAAUAAGGACGCAAGGUUGGAGUUCUUAAGGAAGUUUGCAAUUGGCUUAGCUUCUGGGACACUGGCUUCCAUCAUUAACAUCCCAUUCGAUGUGGCUAAGAGUCGGAUUCAGGGGCCACAGCCGGAACCUGGAGUCAUUAAAUAUCGCAGCUGUUGGAAGACCAUUGUUACGGUUUAUAAGGAAGAAGGGUUCCUGGCUCUCUACAAAGGUCUUCUUCCAAAGAUCAUGCGGCUCGGGCCUGGAGGAGCCGUGAUGCUGUUAGUGUAUGAAUAUUCCUAUGCCUGGCUGCAGAAGCAUUGGUGACCUGCAAUCUGCCAUCCCGUGAGAACAGCUCUACAGCGGGGAGGCUGCAGAAGACAUCGUGUACCGAAUCGCUGAGAUUCUUAAUGGAUUUCACCAGUGUGGAAUAUUAAAGGGGUUCUCUGCAUUCUAAGGCCCCAUGCACAUGACCGUAUUUUUGGCCCGGUCCGUCUUGCGGACAAGACAUUUCUAUGUCGGCAUGCAUGUUUUGUGGAUCCGCGGUUUGUGGACCGCAGAACACAUACGGUUGUGUGCAUGGGACCUAAUAUUGAUUGGUGGGGGUCCAACUAUUCAGCACAAUGAAGGUACCGAAGUGCGUCUGUGAUUGCCAUUUUACCGUCAGUGUAUACACAGGCACAGGAGCUCAUCUAUACCAGGCACCACAGCUUGUCCUCAAAGUCCCUUUAUUGUGUGGAUCACUGCAGGUCCUGGAGGUUGGACCCCUCCAAUAAAAUAUUUAUGGCCUAGCCUCCCUUAAAGGGGUUGUCUCACUUCAGUAAGUGGCAUUUAUCAUGUAGAG